AUGGCUGAACAAUACAUCCCAUCACCUUUUCUCCUUCUCUCAUCCAAUUUCUCUCGAGUUCAAGCCAUGGCCAAGUCUACUGCUACCCCUCAAAAGCGCUCCACUCUCGCUGAUGUCGUUACUCGUGAAUACACCAUCCACAUGCACAAGCAUGUCUUUGGUCGUUCUUUGAGAAAGCGUGCUCCUCAUGCCAUCAAGGCCGUUAAGGCUUUCGCUCAAAAGGCUAUGGGUACCAAGGAUGUCCGUCUUGAUCCCUCUUUGAACAAGGCUGUCUGGUCUCGUGGUGUCAAGCACACUAACCACCGUAUUCGUGUUCGUAUCGCUCGUAAGCGUAACGAUGAUGAAGAUGCAAAGGAAAAGCUCUACUCUUAUGUCACCUUUGUCCCUACUGUUGAUUUCAAGGGUCUUAACACUGAAGUUGUCGAGGAUGAAAACUAA